AUGAAGACAACCGUGAUCCUAGUACUAUUGAGCGUGUCCGCCGCCUUUGCCGAGGAAAAGAAGAUCACGAAACGUGGUGUCUUUGGUGAAUCCCUCGGCAUUGGUGCUGGGGCCGUAGGUCUAGGAUCCGGUUCAAUAGGAAUUGGAAUUGGAUCAGGAAUUGGAAUCGGAUCCGGUGUCAGUAGUGUAGGCCUAGAAGGUGGUUAUGGCGGCGGUUAUGGCGGCGGUUAUGGCGGUGGUUAUGGAGGUGGAUAUGGAUAUGGAGGAGGAUUCGGAGGAGGCUAUGGAGGCGGAUAUGGAGGAGGAGUAGCACUUGGAGGCGGAGGAAUUGGCGUUGGUGUAGGCAUUGGAGUAGGCGGAGCAGCUAUAAACCUUGGCCAAACAGUCUCUCGCCACGUCACCGUCACAAAACGAGUUGGUGUUCCAGUUCCUGUUCCUCAGCCCUAUCCAGUGGAAAGAGCCGUUCCAGUCCCUGUGCCCCACUCUGUGCCAGUUCCAGUAGAUCGUCCCUAUCCUGUUCACGUUCCAAGGCCAUACCCAGUCCGCGUAGACAGGCCUGUGCCCGUACCUGUAGAGAAACCAGUACCAGUACCAGUUCAAGUUCCCGUCAGAGUUCCAGUUCCUGUUCCAUACAAAGUGGCCGUUCCACAACCUUAUCCAGUACCUGUACACCAUCCAGUACCUGUGCCUGUAUCAACGCCAGUGAUCGUCAAGAAGCCCGUUCCAGUCCCUGUGUCAGUAGGCCAUAGUGGCGGUUAUGGAGGUGGUUAUGGAGGUGGUUAUGGAGGUGGUUAUGGAAGUUCGUACGGAGGUUCCUAUGGUGGUUCCUACGGAGGAUACGGACAUGGGCUCUCCGCCACCUAUGCCGGUACAAAGAAAACCACUAAACGUGGUGUCUUUGGGGAAAGCAGAAGCAUUGGUGCUGGAAGAUUGAUUUCGUCCCAUCCACACGGACAUAGCAACGUUAUCGGAGCCGCUCUAAACCCUUCUACAGGUCAAGGCAUAGCGACAGGGGGUUAUAGUCUAGGGGCUGGGGGUUAUUCCGGUGUUGUCCUAGGAGCAGCAGCUGGAGCUGUGCUUGGAACCACGCGCAUCGAUCUCGGAAGCUUAGUUCAAGAGCAUGUCCACGUUAUAAAUAGAGUCGGAGUUCCCGUCGUCCAGCCUUAUCCUGUUCCCGUAGAAAAACUGAUACCAGUGAAUGUUCCCCACCCAGUGGACGUGCCAAUCGAACGCCCAUAUCCGGUGCAUGUUCCAGUUAAGUAUCCUGUGAAAGUUAUCAAAAAUGUUCCUGUCCCAGUAGACAAGCCUGUGCCAGUUGCAGUAAGUGUGCCUGUAAGGGUUCCUGUAGAAGUGCCGUACAAAGUGUACCAUCCGCAUCCUGUCGCGGUACCAGUUGAGCAUAAAAUUCCCAUUCCUGUACCUGACCCUAUUAUUGUCAAGAGGCCUGUACCGGUAGUGAUCCACGCCCAUUUGAAACCUAUUCAUGUUGAUCACUUUGAACAUCAUCAUUAA